ACGUCAUUUCCUGGUCUUUUUUCAUUAUGGCGAUGUCCACAAUAGACCUGGCACAUUGACUUCGUCUGGAGUUUUGGAGUUUGUUCUCUCCUUAACCCAAACUUUGGACGUUUGUAGACAUUACCCGUUCACUCAGCGUAUAAUGAACUAAACUCACGAUCAUGGCACUUCAGAGAUUGACCUUCAGACUACGGCAAACGGUAACGCAUGUAAGGUCCCUUCAUACCAGUGGAUGUACGCAGCAGCAGGAGGCUGUGGCUGUGGAGUCACAACCUGAGCCUUUCUCAGUUUUCAGAACUCAGGAGAAUGAUCCAGGAUGUCAGACAGAGAAACAUAUCGGACAGCAUUACACUCUGCCCUCGGCACACAUCAACACCCUGUUUCCUCAUGGUCUUCCCUGGCGCUUUAAACAGCGGGUGAAGACAUUUAAUGAAGCAUGUAUGAUGGUGAGACAACCAGCUCUGGAGGUCAUCUCCUACCUGAAGAAAACAGACUUCAGCAAACCUGCGCUGCGAUAUUUAUUCUAUGGGCCAAAGGGCACUGGGAAGACAAUGUCCCUUUGUCACACAGUCCACUUCUGUUAUACACAGGGAUGGCUGGUGCUGCACGUUCCUGAUGCCCACCUCUGGGUGAAGAACUGUAAGGAGCUGCUGCCCUCAUCUUACAACAGCUCUCGCUUUGACCAACCAUUACAAGCUGCAGAAUGGUUACGCAACUUCAGAAUCACCAGUGAGCAGUUUCUUUCAAAGAUAAAGACAAAGCAGCGUUAUGUGUGGACAAAGAGAGAAUCCACUGAAGAGGGGAGUCCACUAGGGCAGCUGGUGGAUCAGGGUAUAUCUCGUGUGAAGUGCAGCAGUGAUGUGGUGGGAGCGGUGAUGAAAGAACUGAGGCUGCAAAGCGGGCAGCCAGAGUCAAACUUCCACCUGGCCGUGGCAGUGGAUGGUGUCAAUGCCCUGUGGGGAAGAUCUACCAUCAUGAAGCAGGAUAAGAGCGCUAUGGAUCCAGGGGAGCUCACUCUGGUUUAUAACCUGAGGAAACUGAUGCAGAACGAUUGGAUUGGUGGCGCCAUCAUCACUGCUCUGUCUCAGACGGGUUCUCUCUACACUCCAAAAUCUGUCUACUUGCCUCAAGAGCUGCUGGGGGAGAGGGGGUUUGACUACAUGGACCCGUUCAUCCCAGCGUCGGUGUCUAACUACAGCGAGAAGGAGUUUGAGAGCUGUUGCCUCUACUAUAUGGAUCGCCACUGGCUGCAGCAUCCACAGAGCCAAACAGAGGAAGGGAAGAAAGAAAUCAUCUUUUUGAGCAAUAGAAAUCCAAGGAUGUUGGAAAGAAUUUGUGCCUUCCUCUGAAGUCACUGAAAUUUAAAUUGUAAACACACAUACAGGCACCAGUGUUGUAGAAAUACAUAAACAUCCAUAUCCAUAAUGUGUAUCCCUAAAUUAUGAUGAAUGUGUGUUACUUUGAUAAUAAAAUGUGGAACAAAUAGCCUCUGUUUGUUGGUAGUUA